ACGCACAUCAUUGCCAAUUCACAGUAGCAUACACAUUUUCUAAUUUUUCGAAAUGGCCCCACAGUAUAAACUAACUUACUUUGACGUUGGAGGUACAGCUGAAGUAAGUCGCUACCUUUUCAGCUAUGGUGGAAUAGAAUUUGAAGAUGUUAGAAUCAAAAGAGAAAACUGGGCGCAGCUGAAAGAUAAAACUCCAUUUGGAGCUCUUCCAACUCUGGAACACAAUGGAAAAGUAGUGGGUCAAAGUGUCGCCAUUGCUCGGUACUUGGCCAAAAAAGUCAAACUAGUAGGAGACGAUGACUGGGAGAAUUUGGAAAUCGAUGCAAUUGUAGAUACUAUCAACGACAUACGACUAAAAGUAUUCCCCAUAUUCAUGGAAAAAGACGAAGCAAAGAAAAAAGCCCUUAUUGAAACACUGAAAAAUGACACGUUUGGCUUUUAUUUGCCGCGUCUGGAAGCGGAGGUUCAAAAAAAUAAAGGUUAUUUGGUAUUGGGACGGUUGACUUGGGCUGAUUUCUAUUUCACCACGCUUUCUCCAAUGUUUGAUCUGAUUACUGGAGAAGAUGUUUUGGCCAGUUAUCCAAAUCUCAAAGGAGUGAAGGAAAAAGUAAAUGCCUUACCAGUUAUCAAAAAAUGGAUUGAAAUUCGACCAAAAAGUCACACCAAAAAGGACAUUGCUAAGACACAGUAUUACACACAUAAUAUUCGUCCAAUUUUUUUCCAAAUGGCCCCACAGUAUAAAUUAACUUAUUUUGACUUUCCAGGUAUAGCUGAAACGUGUCGCUACCUUUUCAGCUAUGGUGGAAUAGAAUUUGAAGAUGUUAGAAUCAAAAGAGAAAACUGGGCGCAGCUUAAAGACAAGACACCAUUUGGCGUUCUUCCAACUCUGGAACACAACGGAAAAGUAGUGGGUCAAAGUCUUGCCAUUAAUCGAUACCUAGCCAAAAAAGUCAAACUUGCCGGAGACAACGAAUGGGAGAAUUUGGAAGUUGAUGCAACUGCAGAUACACUCAACGACAUACGACUAAAGAUAAUUCCCGUGUUUAUGGAACAAGACGACGCGAAGAAAAAAGCUCUUCUUGAAACAGUCAAAAAGGACACUUUUGGAUAUUAUUUGCCGCGUUUGGAAGCGCAGGUUCAAAAAAAUAAGGGUCAUCUAGCAUUGGGACGCUUGACUUGGGCUGAUUUCUAUUUUGCCACGCUUUCUCCGGUAUUUGAUCUGCUUACUGGAGAAGAUGUUUUGGCCAGUUAUCCCAAUUUGAAAGGAGUGAGGGAAAAAGUAAAUGCCCUGCCGGCUAUUAAAAAGUGGCUUGAGAGUCGACCAAAAAGUGGUCACUGAAUUGUAUUAUUAGAACGUAACUGAAUAAACACAGUCAAAAGUCCA